CUGUUUAUUUCAUCAGCGCGUUAGGACCACCGGAGAUCCCAAGACUGCGCGACUAUGAAGCUCCUCAGUGUGAUAAUCCUCUGCAGCUACUUUUUGGCCGUUGUCAGUGGGCUGAGCUUCACGGUGACGUCGCGGAUAUACAUGGAUGUGAAGCACAACAAGAAGCCGGUGGGCAGGAUUACCUUUGGCCUGUUCGGGAAGCUGGCUCCCAAGACGGUGGCCAAUUUCCGGCACAUAUGUCUGCGCGGCAUCAACGGAACCAGCUACGUGGGAUCGCGUUUCCAUCGCGUGGUGGAACGCUUUCUCGUCCAAGGCGGCGACAUUCUCAAUGGCGAUGGAACUGGCUCCAUUAGCAUCUACGGAGAGUACUUCCCGGACGAGGACAAGGCCUUGGAAGUGGAGCACAACAGACCGGGCUACUUGGGCAUGGCCAAUCGCGGUGCGGAUACCAAUGGCUGCCAGUUCUAUGUGACAACCGUGGGCGCAAAGUGGCUGGAUGGAAAGCACACCGUUUUUGGCAAGGUGCUGGAAGGAAUGGAAACCAUCUACGCUAUCGAGGAUGUGAAAACAGACACGGAUGACUUCCCCGUGGAGCCAGUGGUGAUCUCAAACUGCGGCGAAAUCCCCACGGAACAGUUUGAAUUCUACCCGGACGACUUCAACAUUCUCGGCUGGAUCAAAGCGGCUGGUCUGCCCGUGAUCAGUUCCUUCUGCGUGCUGCUCAUCUUCCACUACUUUUUCCGCCAGCUCAAUAUGUAUUGCUGAGGGCUUUUGCUUUUACACAAAGUAUAAGCUUUAUUACUGCACAUACGUCUAAGAAGCCCACCCAUCCACUCACUUUAAACAAAAACCCACAAUAAAUACAUAUAAAAUUUCAAGAUGUGCCUAGGAAACGAUGACGCCUUUUAGUAGGACAGGAAGAGUCGGACCCAUGUGCAACUGUGGAUUAUAAGAUGGAAUUAAAUAGAUAGAAUCAGUCCCAAGCCCAAGUUACUCACAUCGAUGAACAGGUAGUCCUCCACCAGCUGAUCCUUCGCAUAGAAACGUGACUCAGGCUUAAAGAAUCCGACCAUGGUCACGUCCACUCCGGAAUAGUUGGACAGGCAGCCCGAGAAGAUCUUGGCCAGGGUGAAAUGGUGCUUGUGAUCCGGAUAAACGGAGGGAUUCAGGCUGUUGUAGUACUCCUCGAUCAGGCGCCGGUCCUUUGGCGCCAGAUCUCGCUGGUGCUUCACCAUCUUGUCCAGGUCGAAGGAGUGGGCAUGCUUCAGCUUGGGAUCCUGCUCCGCGUCUAGCAGGCGUUCAAGCAUAUUCCUGUACUUUUCUUUGAAGUACUCCAGUGCCGUGCACUUCUCAGCCCAGAAGGAGAAUUUUUUAUCGGCACUAAGGGAUUGGUUUAUUUGUGUUUAUGUAUACGGUUUACCAUUUGAUUUUCAGAUACCAACAUAUUUCUAUUAAAUAAGAUAUUCAAAUUUAAAAUA